UGUUAGCCUGCAGCCAAUCCGAUCACAGACAGGGAGGAACAGGUUUCCGGCCUACAGAACGACAACAGAGCCCGAGUGGUGUGAAAGACGAAGAGGAGAACGUGUUUCUCCGAGUAAAUUCAACAGCUGAUAUUUUGCCGAAAAAGCCUGAUUUACCAUGCUGUAACGUCAAGAUUGACUUAUCUUAAUCCGAAGAGCUGGUAGUCAAGUCGACCUGGCAUGGCCCUUGUUUACUGAAUCCCUCCAACUUGAGCUACCAGCACCCAGCGUAGGUGUGCACCACCCCAACGUGUGAGACGGACCCUUCACCAUGGAAACAGAGGCAGAAGUGAUUCCUAUCUGGCAGAACAAACCUCAUGGAUCGACCCGCAGUGUUGUGAGAAGAAUAGGUUCCACUCUUCCACUCAAACCUCCGCAGAGGGCAUGUUUCCAGGAACUGCCAGGCCUGCCUCCGCUUCGGCCUGUGGACGGCCCCUUGGUUCCCACCUUGGCAGACAUAGCCUGGAUUGCUGCAGAUGAAGAAGAGACUUAUGCCAGAGUGCGGAGUGACACACGCCCCCUGAGGCAUGAGUGGCGGCCCACACCUCUCCUAGUGCUUCACAGGAACUCGUCUGUACCAAAUUUCCGCCGUGAAGGCAAGAAGAUGGAGGGUUUGAGGAAGCCUGGUAUGACGGCGCUGAACCGCACCACCGCCCUGCAGGACGAGCUCAGCAGACUGCGUGCACAGAUUGCCAAGAUUGUGGCAGGCGAGUCUGGCUCCAACCCCCUGACUCCUGACUUGCUGUCCCCUGAUGACACCAGCAUGAGCUUCUCCAUGGCUCCUUUUGAGACGGCGUCCUACCAGCCUGCCGCCACAGCGGCGGCUUCCUUUGUCAUCAGCGACGUCACAGAGGAGGAAGAAGAGGAGGAGGAAGAUGAGGAAGAUGUGGUCUCGGUGGUGUCGGAGCUGGUCCCUGACCCUCUGCCACCUGUCUCCAUGACGGCAUCGGCAACCUUUGACCUGGACAGGCCCAGCAUGGACUUCCGGGAGGCUGAAGAGGACACAGUGUCACUGUCCAAGUCCACCAGCUUUGCUGAUGUCAUGGACAUCCUGAAGGACAUGAACCGCAUGAAGAUGAACAAGGACAGGUACAACAGAGGCUGCACGUCUCUGAGAGAGGAGGACUCCGCCACCCUGAUCUCAGAGGCUCUUAGGAAAAAGUUUACCCUGAAGGAAGAAGAUAUUGCCGCUGUGAAACGGAAGUAGCUUGACCUCUUGUUUCUCACCGCAACCCGAUCCCGCUGCUCCAUGCCUUUGCCUGUGGAAUGUGUCCCCGUGGAAACCCAGCCUAGCUCCACCAACCCACGGCACUAGCUGUAUACCAGUGUAAAAAAAAAAAACAAAAAAACAAAAACUCAUUCCCAGACAUUGAAAACCAAAUUUGAACUUGACUCCUCUCUGCUGGUGCAACGGAAAAGGGAGCAGCCUCCUCUUGUUAACAAAUCGAUGUUUGGUUCACCAUGGCACUGCAUAUUGCACUCAGAAUCUCCCUGAUUAAAGCUUCAUGACACUCAGAGACACAGGAUUACUUUGUGUUAAUAUUACUUUUGAAUAAUAACUCCAGAGACUGGUUGCACUGCUGUCCAGCGGCUUGCUCUGUGCGCAGGCUUUGUUCUUUACGGAGCAUAUUACGUGUCCUGCUAUGCCAAGUCAAAUGUCGUACCUGAUUUUUCUUUUUUUUUUUUUCUUUUCCUCCCUGAAGAACUUUUUAAACUUUCAGUCAAAGACAUGCAAAUAAAACUUUGAAAUAUUUUAUUUCCAGUCCUGUAAAAAUUCCUUUAACAUACUUGAAAACAUUGUAUGUGCAAAUAAGAGAGAGAUUUAGAGUGCACACAGUGACGUACUGUAGCUCAUUACAGUGUGUAUGGGAAAAAUCACUUUAAAAAUAACAGAGCUUUGUAGUUAAUAUUUACAUUACAGUACUGAGUCUGCAACUGCUCUGUGCAGCACAGCAUUGUAUCUGUUGCUCUCUCCCUCCUGUUCAAAAACAGGACACCGGUACACAUGUAGAACACAGCUCAUGAUAUGCCUGUCUUCAGUUUGUGAUGAACAUAUAACUUGGUUGGCACUGAACCACAGGACACACACAUCCAGGCCAAACAGAGCGUGAGUAUGUCGAUAACACAAGUGAGAAGAGUGAAUUGUAUGAUGCAUAAAAGCAUGGAGUUAUUUUGAGUAGUGAAGUGAAUAUAAUUGCUGUAAAGUGUUUGACUGAACUAUGUAUGCAUCAUUGUUUGCUGCUGUUUGUAUAUCUGUCAGAGGCACCACCAGAGACAAGCAGGUCUUCUUAAAUACACAUUGACUUCCCUACGGUGCAAAACACGUGGCUCUUGGAAACGGGCAGCCGGACACCAAGCGCACCGCGUUUCUCAGUUUCAUGUGAUGGAGGUGAUUUCUGGACUGGACCUCAGUCUGCACACGCUGUCAUGCAAAAGUAUGGGUGCGAUUGCUGUUGUUACUGAUGAAUUCUCCUGUCAGCGCCUUACCACAAACCUUUUGCCUGUUCCAAUGCCUGGCACAAAGCAGGACCAACACGUUAGCCAGAUAGCUUUAAAAAAUAAAAAUUUGGCUACAGUAAUCAACAUACAUGACUCAACCAUAUGCCUAAAACCUAACCUUUCAUUCAUUUUUUUUAAAAAAAAAAACAGAUUCAAAUCACCAAUCACUGGCAAACUGUCUAAUCCUGCUUUGUGAAAUAAAUCCCCUGGUCUUAUUUCCGUUUAUUAUUCUGAUUAUUAUUACCAUUAGUUCAAGUGCCAUGAUUGCUGUUAUCAGCCCAUCCUCUCAUUGCUUUCCCUGUUAUAAUUUCACAAACAUGCAUCUAAUGACUGUUAUGAAACAAUUACAUGUCAUUGCUGAUUUUUUUUUUAAUCAAAAAUUACCCUUCUCACAAAAGAAUUGCUGUUAUUAUCACGUAAAGAUCCACCAGUGUCAGUUGUAGUCUAACUCCUGUUUGAAUUAUCGUGGUUAUGCUUCCACAGGGAACCCUUUUAGUGUAGGUUUGCAGUGUGAAAGAGGUGUUCCUGCCAAGUUAUCUAUUUGGAUUGAACAAUGUGCCCAUCUGUCUGUUUCUGUCUGCAUUGGAUUCACUGUUGUCUCGUUAGGAUUGGCCCUCCAACUAGUCCUUUGUGUCAUUCUCAUUAAUAAAUUUCCUCCUUGUAGGUGGAGGUGAAAUAUAAAAUAAUAUCUGGGCAUUUCAAAAAGAUGUUUAUUGCUAAGUUGUAAAUGUCAAGAGAGCAGGUAGACACACUUCAUUGUCUAUAGACUUGAAAUGCUGAAACUUAUACAAAGGGGACAAAUACUGUUAAAGGAUUUUUUCCCCCCAGUGAGAACUUAUUAGCUUUGUUUUGCAUUCUCUGGUUUCUGUCUCUUUUCUAGAUUGAGCCGAUGUAACCCUAGUACCUUUCUGAGGGGUUGAGCCCACCGCUACCUGUAUGUUUCCUGCCACGUGUUUUGUCAUGCUAUGAACUGUAAAUAAAGAUGGGCUGAUGU